AUGUGGUGUAUUUGGAAAUCUCGAAAUGAUCAUAGGUUCAAAGGAGAGAAUUGGUCGCCUAUGAAAGUGCUUGAUGAAGCAAAAGCCAUUGAAUUGGCUUACAAUUUGUCAACGGAGAUUGAAACUUGUGGCCCUACUCUCCAUCUUCCAAUACAAGCCAACAAUAACAGGCCCCAAGAUGUGUGCGACCUCGGAAAAAAGGGCCAGAUAAGCGGAAGCAACCAAGUAAAGUUGCAGGGGCAAAUAGGUUCUUUGAUUGCUUUACAGCACCUGACGCAUCUGGACCUCAGCAGAAACCAUCUUGGGGGAGCAGGCGUGCCCAUACCAAGAUUCAUCGGAUCACUGAAGAGUUUGAUGCAUCUCAAUCUCGCCUGCAUGAAUUUCGAUGGUAGAGUGCCUCCUCAAAUUGGUAAUCUCUCUAGAUUAAUAUAUCUUAACCUCGAAUCAUCCCUUUCCCAUUCCUACGAGAAUGCUGUGCACUCUGAUGAUAUAUCAUGGAUACUAAAUCUCCGUUUACUAAGAUUUCUCGACAUGAGUGGAGUGAAUCUCAGUACAACCGAUAACUGGGUGAAGGUGAUGACCCUCCUUCCAAAUCUUAAGGUCCUUAAACUCAGUUAUUGUGGGCUUAGUUUACCACGUGAACCCAAGGGUAGUUCAAAUCUGAGUUCACUUGAAACACUUGAUCUAACGUUCAACAGUCUUGAGACAUUGAAUCCAGCAUACUGGUUUUGGGAUGCUCGCACAAUGAAAGAGCUUGACCUUGCAUUCACUGAUAUUACUGGCCCAUUCCCAGUUGCAAUCGGGAACAUGAUCUCUCUUGAGAUGCUUUCUCUAGGAGGAAAUGACCUUUCACUCUCAGGAGGUAUAAAAUAUGAACUGUUUGAUGGCUUAUGCAACCUGAGAUUUCUAAACCUGAGAUUACCUGCAUGCACAAAGAGUACGUUACAAUCCUUAGAUCUGUCUGCUACCAACCUCAGUGGGCCGAUUCCAAACUGGAUAGAUGAGUGGAGAAAUUUGAGUGAUCUUUUAGUCUCUGAUAAUAGGCUUCUAGGAUCAAUACCUCUGGGAAUUGGUAUGCUGGCUAAUCUGAAAAGAUUGUAUCUAGACAACAACCACUUAAAUGGUUCUAUAUCAAGAGACCAUCUUGCAAAUUUGGAAAACCUGGAGUAUCUGGACUUAUCUUACAACCCAGUACACAUCAGUUCAAAUUGGUCCCCAACAUUUAGCCUGCAGUAUGCUUCUUUUGCCCGUACCAAGAUAGGACCUCAAUUUCCCAGGUGGCUCAAAGGGCAGAGUAGUGUCACCUAUCUCGACAUUUUGGAUGCAGGCAUAGCUGAUCUUCUCCCUGAUUGGUUUUGCAGAGUAUUUGCACACACUAAAUUUUUAAACAUCUCCAGUAAUCAAAUAAACGGCAGUCUGCCAAUGACAUUGGAACUUCUGUCUUCAUUGCAAGCGCUUGACCUCAGCUCAAAUGACUUAACAGGUCGGCUGCCAAAGUUACCACAAAGUUUGCGGUUAUGUAAAAUUUCCAAGAACUCUUUGUCAGGACCUUUUCCGAGAAAAUUUGGGGCUCCAAUGCUUACAGAAAUGAAAACCUUCUGGUGGGACAACUUCCUCUGUGUUCGGAAAGAAAAGAUGUUAAGUGAAAUUUCAAACCCGAGUCCACGCUCACUCAACUGUCAGCUCACAGAACAUGGAAAUCUCCAAUUCUUGGACCUUGCAAAUAAUAGAAUAUCAGGAACUAUACCUCAUGGUUUGGCCAACUUAAAAGCAAUGGCUCAGAAUAGCAGAAGAUUUUAUAACCCUUUGUUGAGGUUGCACGUAAGGCCUAUCACAGUGUUAUUUGAGAUUAAAUCUUCAGUCAGUUAUGACGAUAACAUACCAAUAGUAAUGAAAGGACAAGAGCUUGGUUACACCAGUACGGUGAGAUAUAUGGUUGGCCUUGAUUUAUCCUGCAACAAUUUAGUUGGAGAUAUUCCAGAUGAAUUAACACUUCUAACUGGACUGAUAAAUUUGAAUAUAUCCCAUAAUCAGUUAUCUGGAAAGAUUCCAGAGAAGAUUGGCCUGCUAAGUGAAUUAGAAUAUCUUGAUCUGUCAUUCAAUGAGCUUUUUGGUAAAAUUCCUUGGAGCAUAUCAGAGAUAACAGCAUUGAUCCACUUAAACCUGUCCUAUAACAAUCUUUCUGGAAGAAUACCCUUGGGAAAUCAGCUUCAAGCACUUGAUGAUCCAGCAUCCAUGUAUAUCGGAAACAAUUAUCUCUGUGGACCUCCUCUUUCUACAAUCUGUUCUGGACCAGAUGCAACUGAAGAUUACCCCAUUGAAAACAUGCCAAAGAAGAGAGACUUCUAUCUUGGGUUGGCUGUAGGACGAGCUCCCGGCAGCCGGGGCGCACGGCGAUCGCGCGGCGUGUCCGUUGCCUCCUCGCCUACGGUGACCCCCGCCUGCAACACCACAAGCAAGCAAGCGCCCAUAAGCCCAGCUCGCGAUCAGACCGGCCAAACAGGGUGCAUUGGGGAAAGCACUCACCAGGGGCUCAAACUGGAUGCCUUGUCGUCGAACUCGAAGAGGUCGACGAGCGGCGGGGACGAGGACGUGGCGCCGCAUCCGAACGCCACGAGGAGGCGGGAGACGCCGGGCGGCCCGCCGUCAUCGUCCUGCCGCCGUAUCCACGCCGCGCAGUUCACCUUCCCGACCGCCGCAUCGUCGCGGAAAGGGGUGGAGGAUGACCGGGCGUCCGGGCCAACCCAUUCCGGCGGUCACAGGUCGUACUCAGCCGGAGAACAGCUGGGUUCAGACUUCUUGGGCGAGAGCGAUAUGAGUGGCCCAAGUCAAUCCCAGCCACAAUUUAUGACCAGCGUUGGGAGGAGUAACCGCUCGAAUGGUCCCGGCACUCCUCUUAUCGAAAGCAUAGAUGUUGAUCAAAUUGUUAUUCCAGAGAAAAACAGUUGGAAGAACUUGUUCUCAUACAUAGGGCCUGGAUUUCUCGUCUCAAUUGCAUAUAUUGAUCCUGGCAACUUUGAGACGGAUCUACAGGCUGGAGCACAGUACAAAUAUGAGCUUCUUUGGAUCAUACUUGUUGCAUCCUGCGCCGCUCUUAUUAUUCAAUCACUUGCAGCCAGGCUAGGGGUUGUGACAGGGAAACAUCUUGCGGAGCAUUGCAGGGCUGAAUAUCCCAAGGUCACAAAUUUCGUCCUAUGGAUUCUUGCAGAACUUGCUGUUGUUGCAUGUGACAUUCCUGAAGUAAUUGGAACUGCUUUUGCUCUGAACAUGCUGUUCAGAAUCCCAGUUUGGUGUGGUGUUCUAAUAACUGGACUCAGCACUCUAAUGCUCUUAUUACUACAGCAAUAUGGGGUCCGUAAGCUAGAAUUUCUGAUUGCAUUUCUGGUGUUCCUAAUAGCAACUUGUUUCUUAGUUGAACUUGGGUAUUCUAAACCAAAUGCUUCAGAAGUUGUGAGGGGCCUUUUUGUUCCUGAACUUAAAGGAAAUGGAGCUACAGGUCUUGCUAUCUCGUUACUUGGUGCUAUGGUGAUGCCGCAUAAUCUUUUUCUGCACUCGGCAUUAGUAUUAUCAAGAAAAGUGCCACGGUCGGUUCAUGGGAUCAAGGAGGCAUGCAGAUUCUAUACGAUUGAAAGUGCAUUCGCCCUUACAGUAGCUUUUCUCAUCAACAUAUCCAUCAUAUCUGUCAGUGGUGCUGUCUGUGGUUCAGGUAAUUUGAACCCAGAAGAUCAGGCGAACUGCAGUGAUCUGGACCUAAACAAGGCUUCAUUUUUGUUAAAGAAUGUCCUUGGAAACUGGAGCUCAAAGUUGUUUGCAGUUGCCUUGUUGGCCUCUGGUCAGAGUUCUACAAUUACAGGGACGUAUGCUGGACAAUAUGUCAUGCAGGGGUUUUUAAAUCUUCGCAUGAAACCAUGGAUACGUAAUCUUGUCACGAGGUCCUUGGCUAUUCUGCCAAGUUUGAUCGUGUCGAUUAUUGGUGGUUCUUCAGCAGCUGGCCAGUUGAUUAUCAUUGCAUCGAUGAUACUGUCAUUUGAACUCCCUUUUGCUUUAGUUCCACUCCUUAAAUUCACCAGCAGCAAAACAAAGAUGGGGCAGCACACAAAUUCAAUAUUCACUUCUGUGCUGACAUGGGUGAUCGGCUCGCUUAUCGUUAUCAUCAACACCUACUUCCUGAUAACAAGCUUUGUGAAAUUACUCCUCCACAGCGGGCUGUCCACCGUCUCCCAAGUAUUUUCGGGGAUUUUCGGGUUCCUGGGCAUGCUGAUUUACAUAGUCGCAAUCCUAUACCUCGUCUUCCGGAGGAACAGGAAGUCCACCCAGCCAUUGCUGGAGAGCGAUGCUGAGCUUGCAGUGUCUGGUAGCAGUGCAGGUGCUGGAGCAGAAUGCUCUCUGGGCCAUUUGCCCCGCGAGGACAUCUCCAGCAUGCAACUUCCGCAGCAGCGUUCAGCUUCUGAUCUAGAUUAG